CGCACACACGCGCGCGCACACAGCGGUCCCCCUUCCCUAAACCAGAUGUGGUUUGAGAAGAAGACGAAAAAAAACUUGUGCGGAAUUAUUAAAGCGCCGUGACGACAGCGGGCCUCGCUCGGGGAGGCUAAGCGCCGUGAGCUGGCGGGUUCCGAGUUCGCGCCCGGGUACACGGAGAGAGACAGAUAGAGAGAGAGCCACGGGGAGAGAGAGACAGAGAGAGAGAGAGCCACGGAGAGAGACAGAGAGCCACGGGGAGAGAGACACAGAGAGCCUCGGAGAGACAGAGCGCCACGUGUGGAAAGGGAGCUACGCGGAGACGAAAGAGCAAAGUACGUCGAGAGGAGCCGCGCGGAGAGUUACGCGGAGAGAGAGAGAAGAGAGACCUACGCGAAGAGAUAGAGACAAGAGAGACCUACGCGAAGAGAGACAAGAGAGAGUAGCCACGUGAAGAGAUCUCUACGCGGAGAGAGGGGGGGGGAGCCGCGCUAAAGAGAGAAGCAAUCUACGGUGGAUGAAGACAAUUGCACCGUGUCGUGGUGGCUGUCGUGGUGGUGCACGGUCGUUGCGGUGGUGGUGGCGACGGUUACAACAAUAAGCCAUGUGGCCCUUGCCACUCUUCAAGCAGCACUUGGUAAAGCUCUACGCACACCUCUGCCGCAAGAUGGCAACUGCCCGCAGCAGGCGAGGCAGCGGAAGCAGCAGCGGCAGCAGCGACAUUGGCGGUGGUGCCGCCAGCUGCAGCGGCAGCAGGAGAAGUCUCCUGCCUCCGGCAGUCGACGUCCGAGCCAAGGCCUUCCUGAGCCGGACAACACAGACCGACUCCGCCCUGGACUUGAACCCGUCUACCCCGCGUCGCCGAGUCAUCACCAAGGACGGCCGCAGCAACGUGCGCUUCGGGAACGUGCAGGGCCGACGCUCGCUCUACCUCAGCGACCUGUGGACGACGUUCGUCGACAUGCGCUGGCGCUACAAGCUCGUGCUCUUCAGCGGCGCGUUCACCGGCACGUGGUUUGUCUUCGGUCUGCUGUGGUACCUGCUCGCGCUUUGGCACGGCGACAUCGGCGGCGUCGCCGCCGCGUCACCUACGCCGCCAACGUUGGAGCUUGGGGGGAACGCAGAAGCGGAGACACCGCCGGUGCCCGGAGAAGCCUCGAACCACACGCCGUGCGUGUCCAACGUGGCGACGCUCACGGGCGCGUUUCUCUUCUCGCUCGAGUCCCAGACGACCAUCGGCUACGGCUUCCGCUGCAUCACGGAGGAGUGCCCGGCCGCCACGGCGCUGCUCAUCGUGCAGCUCGUGCUCACCACCAUCCUCGAGGUGUUCGUGACCGGCGCUCUUCUCGCCAAGGUUGCACGUCCAAAGAGCCGCGCCGAGAACGUCCGCUUCAGUCGGCGCGCCGUUGUGUCGUGGUACGGCAGCGGCGGCAGCGCUGGCCAGGGCCGCCCGUGCCUGUCGGUGCGCGUGGCCGACAUACGGCGCCGCGGGCUCUUGCUCGCGUGCCGCGCUACCGGAAAACUGCUGCACUCGCGCGUCACGGCCGAGGGCGAACCCAUCGCCCUCGAGCAGGCCAGCGUCGACUUCCGGGCCGACGCUACCGGCGUCGACGAUAGCCCCUUCCUGGCACUGCCCAUCACGUUCCGGCACUUUCUGGACACUCCUCGGAGCCCCCUGGGCUGGCUGCUGGAGGAGGAGGGGACGCAGCGCGGCGCGCGUGAGCGGCCAUUCGGGAGCGAGCGCGGGCUGGUGGGGCACGGCCACGGGCGAGGGCCGCUCGGGGACUUUGAGCUUGUGGUGUUGCUCAGCGCCACCGUGGAGGCGACGAGCGCCACCUGCCAGGUGAGAACCUCGUACCUGCCCGAGGAGGUGCUCUGGGGCUACGACUUCGCUCCCAUCAUCUCCCUCUCCCCCAGCGGGAAGUACACAGCCGACCUCUCCCGGUUUGAUGAGGUGGUCCACGUGCCGAUGCCGUGCUGUGUAGGUGAGCGACACACAGCGCCGCAGCCCUCGUUGUUGCCGUCACCGCCGUCGCGGCCCCUCCCGCCGUUCCCUCCACCGUUCCCCCAGGAAGGUGGCCUCAGAACCAACGGGGUGGCCUUGGGCCCCAGGGAGGGCGGUAUGGACGGUGAAGUUGUGCGCGUCAGCAACGUAUGAAAGUACUGCACCCCUGACCACAAGUGGCAACAUCGUUGAUUAUACCCCAGCUUCCUGCCACCAGAUUUCGUAACAGAGCAGCCACUGAUAAUAGGUUUUUUACCCUUCUAUCUGGCAACAAAACUGACACCUUUUUUUACAAGGAGUCAUGUUUGCAUAGACCACAAUACCUGCAGUCAAAAUGCAAACAAAAAAUAUAACUCUGAUAAUGUAUGCACUGUCCUUGAAGUUGAUUGGUCCACGCCCGAGACAGCUUUCCUUAGAGCCUAGUCUCACAUGGGUUGGACCAGAUGAGGCCAAAAGGCGCACAACUCAAAGACAAUGCACCAGCAGAGUAUGAGAGCUCGGGGUAAGCAUUUACACCAUUGGAACCUCAUUUGCCAGUAAAAAAUAUGAUAUUUUGUUUUUACCCUUCUAUCUGGCAACAAAACUGACAGUCAGUUUAUAUGAUAAUUGUUUUUUUACCCUUCUAUCUGGCAACAAAACUGACAGUUUUGUUGCCAGAUAGCAGGGUAAAAAAACAAUUAUAUUUUUUACUGGCAAAUGAGGUUCCAAUGGUGUAAGAGCAGCCACUGUCAGAGGGAAAUACGGGGUAUUUUGGUUAAAGGGCACUGAUCGAUACAACUUUCAACAGUUGCGGUUAAUGGUUGCUCAAGUGUUUAUGACAAACUGACAUGGUGUGGCGUCAUCUUGAACAAUAACACGUGCCGAUUAUUUAAAGGUGAUGCUGUAAACACCAGAACAAAAAUGAGCCGAAAACUGAAAAGGUCACGUGCUAAUAUAGAUGGGAACCAGUGCCGAACAGUUUUGAGGAUGGUGCAUACAAGCCAAAACGCCAAUCUUACGUCUAAUAACCGACCAGUAACACCCAUGCCGCUGACUCAAACCGAGCCCCGCCUCCAGUUAUUUGCCAGGCCCUAUUUAGAGUUUUUGUUCACUUUCCAGUUUUGGUGUCCGCAGUACGGAUUUGCCACCAGCGCCAGCUCUGGUGAUGCAACUUGCCACCAGCACCACCUCUGGUGACACUAAUUGCUGUCGCGUACAUUUUCCGAUGUCAGCUCUCUUAAUUGGACAACAUCUUUUGGUUGUUGCUGCCGCCUGUCCCCUGACCCCUGCCGACUUCUCGUGGAAGCUACAGGGCUGCCUGCCACUGCCGCCAGUUUGUUUGUAAUUGCGCAACCACCGUCUGCCACCGCUGCCGGUUUGUGAUCGCGCCAAAACUGCUGCUGGCAGCAAUCUGCGAUUCGUUUGCCUCCCUGGUGCAGCAGCAGCCGCCAAGUUUUGAUCCCAGCGUCGCAGUGACUGGAUGAGCUGGUGGGGGGGGCCGCAGUACAGAAAGUAGGUUUCAGAGCCAACGAGGUUGUAACUGUAGGUUGCAGUAGCAGCAGAUUAACGGUAUACUAGCACUUUAUAGUUCGCCUAAUACGCAUGUACAUGCUCGAAAAUACAACACAUUGUCCAAGCAUCCCAGACUAACUUCUGACCAUUAGAGCCUUGAAGAAUCUGCGGUUUGCCCGGGUAAACGAUUUUUAUAUUUUCUAAAUAUCUCGACACAGAAUGUCAAGUCACGCAUGGACUUGAUGCUUUCCUUGGCCGUACUGUAGAUGACAUACGGGUGGGAAUAUCAAUGAGAUGUACUUAAUUUAAGCAUGCAAAAACAUACUCGACAUGCGUACAUACAAAGCAUAUACGCUUGCAAGAGCUCGUCACAAAUUUUUGCUGCUUCAUAGGAAAAUCUGAAAAUAAAAUAUUGUUAACGAGCAAACAAGGGGAUUGUUUGAAUGACUGAAACGAUAUGAAGGGUGGCUCGGUAUUCACUACUGUCCAAGUACCUCGCUGAGGCAGAAAGCCUGAGGCAAAGUAAAUUGCAGGAUGCCAAUUGCGGCCGUGUUUAUCUUUCAUGGGAAAACGCACAACAUUGCACAAGACAAAACUGGGCAAAAGGCACCCAGUUACGCGCGUAUAAAAAGCACUGAAAGGAUGUGUUUUUCAUGUUAUCGUUAAAUAAAUCCCAACUUUUUACUGCUAUAAAACCGCCCUAAUAUCGUAGCCCUGAUUAUGACUGGGAAAAAAAAAUCUACGUAUAGUGGAUUCACCUUCUUGGUUCUUUCGGUAAAGUCACGUGACUUUACCGAAAGAACCAAGAAGAUGAAUCCCUGCAGUCACGAAAGCUUUAAAUCGAAAUUUAGUGAAUUCACGUUUGGGCAACGGUCCAUUUUGGAGGAAAGUUGUAAAAUACACAAAUAGAAUGCGAUUCAACUGCAAUAAAAAAACACGCGCCUGACAAAAUUUAAUUUGGCUUAACGGGAUACCAAAUAUUCGCGUUUCUGCCGAAUAUUAACUUGCUUAUUUAAUUUCCGCUUUGGACGACACAAGCGCAUUGUCUUGGAAGUGGACAACUGUAGGAUGCAGUUUUAGUUUCGUCAUUGCGAUCAUUUUAACCCCUCCCUCCUCCAUCCCCACUGUGUUUGAAGCUGUAGAGGUUGUCCACCAUAAUGCCGUCUCAAGACUUUGUAAAGUUGUGGGAUUGUCUGUCGUGUUCAGCCUUUACGACCUCUCUGGGUUCAUGUGGAGUUUCCUGCUAUUGACAGUCACUGCACUUUCGGUUCCAAGAAGGGGAAAUGGUUCAAUUGUACAUGUAUAAAUAAAACCUUCCUCAUAAACUGCGUCCUCAAUGAGUACAACAAUAAUGAAAGACUUGAUAAUAUGGCAAGGUCGUGGGAUACAUUUGUCAAAGGAACUAGGCCGAAUGUAUAUAUGUGUGUUUCUAUUACUAGUUUGCAAAGCCAUUUUCCACUGGAAUAGGCAGAACUCAUUCAAGCAGAAAAUGUAUUUGCAAACACAGAGGGCCCUGUGUGAUGCAUGUCCAGCAAACGUACGCACACGUUCGGCACGAUCAUCUCAUAGAAGCAAAUAGGUGCGGUGUGGAAUGGAGAAGCAUUCGGCUGUUUCCCGUCCUCCCUCCUUGUCCCCCUUCCCCCACUGGAAUAAACUCCCCCUGUACAUUAA